UCAGAGUUAAUCAUUUGAGUAAAAAAUAUGUUGUCCAAAAGAGUUGUGAAACGCAGUAAUAUUAUUUUGUUCGACUUUUGUAUACGAAAUUUCUGUUAUAUAUAAAACGUGAUUGUACAAUUUACAGUAAACAUCAUCCAUACAAAGCAACAAAUGUACUUGCAAGUACAUAGCGGUUCGAGAGGUAAAUAGGUCUAUAUGCAUUAAUAUAUACCGUAAGCCACAUAUGUCUAUGCAUCGCCUUGUAGCAGGCACUCAUUCGUACAACUAUUCUACCUGAUACAUGAAACGUCAGUAGAACAACUGUUUGUUGCACACACAUGCCCGUAUACGCGGUCCCGUUCUCACUCGCGGCAGUCAACAGUCCUCAGUCAACUCUCUUCAUGUAUCUACGCAUGGACGCUGCAAACCUACAUAUAUUCACACGAACUAAAUAGUGGAAGUCGCUCUCAUAGCUCAGUUUCAAACAAACGGUGGCACUGUAAAGUCCGUACUUAGUCAGUUCGAGCGAGAUGUGGAAAGAUCACAAACGGCUGAUAUGGCACCAGCUUUCUCUAAAUUGAGUGUUCCCUUGCGACAGUUACUAUGGGGACUUCUAAUUUUGUCGUCUUUAAUGUUGUUGGUACAAGUUUGUGAAGCGGAAAAACCUCCGAAGGUGCUUUGUGGCAACGCUCUGGACCUUAUGCUAUUCAGCGUCUGCAAGAAUGGCUUCAAUAAAAAGGACCUGGAUGGCUCAUUACGUCGUCUACGUAGUCGCAGGCACGCCGAUCUGUUCCUGUUACCACUACAGUUCAAGAAACAAUUCGAACGGGAAGCAUCGACAGCACUUGGGAAAGGUAAGCGUCGUCCCAGUCUAAAGCAAAUGCUGAAAGAGGAGGCCCGCUGGCGUCGAAAACAUCGAAUCACUGGGAAGCGCUUGCGGCGGCAAGCGACCCGCAGCACUGGCAUAGCCGACGAAUGCUGCAACUUUGGCUGCGCCUACUCCGACAUUGCCAGAUAUUGCUCGGGUCUAGUCUGAACAGCUAUUCAUACCAGUCAGCUGAGACCCAAAGUAGAAGUUUAUCAUAGUUUUAAAUAUGUUGAAAAUACUUGUGUAAAUAAGAGAACUACAAUUCAGUUUUCACGAAGCAAAGUUAUUUAUACUUAAAUAUAAUAGAUGCAUUCCGUUAUAUUUAACUAUAAUUAUAUUCUCCAAAUAAUUAAAGUGAUAAAUACAUAUUAAAUUAUAUAUUAAACCCAGGAAGAUAUUAUCUGCAAGUAAUAAAUUACGAAAUGUUAGUGGUGCUUAAAGUGAUCUAAAUAAGUAUCGUUAAACUAAGUUUUGUGCUCUAAAAUUAUUCUAAUUAAUCGAUUUACUUUACAUCUAUGUAGUACAGGUGUUAUAAUAUGAAGUAGAGCCCAUUUAUAUUAACGCAUUCUAAGAUAAGCACUAGUUUAAUUUUUCAGAUUAUAUUUAAGGCAAGACACUAGGUUACCUGUUCGAUUUAUUUAUAUUUAUAUAUACUACAAGUUCGGAUCGGUUCCAAUAAAAGCAUAAAUGCUAAACAAUCACUCUAUAACAAUAUCAA